UACAAGGCCCGUGUUAUGUUGUAUCCUGGCCCAUUCCCGUCAGUAGACCCAAAGACCCGAAUAAAUUGCCACAGAGCGAAGCGGGUCAGGGUCGGGUCUGGAGCUGUUUCAAUGGAAGAGGACGACGGGAGGAGAGAAGCUGCGAUAGCAUCAGUACCAUCUCUACAACCCAAUUUCACCAAUAAAAAUGGUGUCAACAAUGCUCAAGUUUCCAAAUUUCAAGAGUUGCAUCGAAGACGCUUAAAAAUAAAAGCAAAAUCUAAGGUCAAGGAUAAAACGAAAGGAACUGUUGUCUCCACUAAAAAGUAUAAUGGUGAAGAUGUCAAUGCUAAAUGCAAGGCAAUCAUGGAUGAAAAAUCAAUAGAAACAGCUAAAGAUGUGAGAAUUACUUUGUCAAUAAGCAGUACAACAGACCUUUCAUCCUCUCAAGAAGACAACACAUUGUCAAAAAAGCGGCAGAAGUUGCAUUGGGGGCUCGACACCAAGGAGAGAUGGGAAAGGAAAUCCAAUAUGUAGAGAUAUCAGCAUCUGAAUAUGGAAUGCUUCUAUCUUGCCCUUUUACUUAUGAGGAGAUACUAAGUCUCGGGCUCAGGCGUGUAGAGCAAACCAACCAAUUACUGAUAAAUAACCCUUUUACUUGUAAAUGUAUUUGUUAAGUAGUACUAAUAUCAAUUUACUACGGUUAAGUGAUUUAAUUAAUUAUUAUAUAUAUGAAUUCUCAAUGAUAGUUAUAUAUUUAUUGAUGA